AUGGAUUUCUCCAAAGAUCCUAUCAUAAUGACUGACACAUCGGCACAAAACGGACAACGUACCAGUCCUCCUCCCCGCUUUGAAGGAAAGCCUUAUCUGCAAUGUCUCGACACGCUCGAGGAUGCAUUCCCAGCGCUCAAGUCCUUCUUGGAAAAGCUAGCAAACGAGGGAGAAGCCGGCCGUCAGGCUGUCAGGCAACACUACGAGAAAGAGCAUCAACGUACGCCGGGUCGAUGCUAUUGCUUGGAGUUCAAGGCCAAAAGCGUUGUGGAGGUGGAAAAAGGUGGCUUUAAGAGCGCUGCUGUGCUCCGGGAGUACCUCAAGGAGAAGCCAGCCAAUAAGAGCCGUGAGGAGAGACACAAGCGGCUCUUCAUUCUUGAAGAUAUGGAACCGGACUAUGUGGAUGCACUGGGCCAUCAUCUAGGCGUCGACCCUCUGGUCUUCAGCGAGCAGAUGAAUACCUGGAACAGGAUUGCCAUCGAUGUCAGUGCCCGGGCAGUCAUUCACGCUGCGCUACUACGAAUUGCGGACUUUGCUCUGUGCCAAGUCGCUGUCAUCCUAGUAGAUCCCGCCUUUGCUACCGCAUGCGAGCCGCCAAAGACGGAGUCGGCCAGCGGCGGACGGGCGACGGGUGUGGCUGCAAGCGAGUGCUUAAAAAAUCACGAGGCUGAACUGGAUCCAAGUGCACGCAAAGCUCUAGAUGAUUGCUUGAUCCUGCAAGAUCCCACAAUCUUCCCCGACCGGUCGGAACUCUGGAAAGCACAAGACCACAAUUCAUCUCGACCCCCCAAACUCGAAGCGGUCUCUCAUCAGAGCUGGCCGUACCACUACGGAUGUUCUACAUUAGCUCCCCUCAUGUUCUCCGAAGUUGGUCUGGGUACAAAAGAGAUGAAUCUUCCAAUGUUCCAACAAAAGCGAAAUCUUACCAGUGCUAUGGAAGAAAUAGCAUUCCACUGGACCAAGCUUGCCACUCCAGACUUGAUCCAGCAGACGAACCUGAAGUCAUCCAAUGCUGCUUAUUACCUCUUGAAACAUGUUGCGCAACACUGGGUUAAUCAACUUGAGCUCAUGAAUACCACCAUUGCGAGGGCUGAAUGGUUCGCAGAUGACUACCAAGCCAAAAUCGACGACAAUUUGACCAAAAAGAAAUGGAAGUCUGACCUACUGGAGAUCAAUGAGAUUGCGAAGGACAUCAAUUACAUGCGCCGACACUUGAAUCACUUUUGGCGCGCUAUGUAUCUCAACCUAGAGCGUCUUGGUGUUCAACUAGGUGAUGAAACUGUCACCAAAGAAGCGUCUCUAGCGAUCAAGCAUGCGCAGAAGGACUUCCUUACAAUACACACAAGGAUGCAGCCUUUGCGCGAUCGCGCAGAAGCCUUGAACUCCGUCUCAAACGAUCUCGCGAAUCUUCGGGCGGCGUUCAGAGGCGUCUCAGACGGCGAGUUCGGCCUUCGUCUCAGCCUGUUCGCAUCCAUCGUCUUCCCGCUCACCCUGCUUGCUGGCAUCUUCAGCAUGGGGGACGACUUUCGCCCUGGUAGAAAACAGUUCUGGCAACUCUGGGCUAUCGGCAUACCCGUUUGCGUUGUGGUCGCACUCGGAUUGGUGUACGGGAGAAGGCCUUGGGCAGUGGCCACCGAUCUUUGGGAGUAUGUAAGAUCAUGGUUCGAGCACUACGGGCUCAUGAAGCCCAAGGAAAAGAACGCGGCGCAGAAACAGAAAAUUGAAGGUACACAAAUGAAAGAGAAGAGAACCCGCAAGCAAGGCGGACGAGCGAGUUUGGUGAGAAGGACAGGUUGGAACGUCCGGGACGAAGAACAUGGCGUUGACGAUUGA